GGAACAGGGGUGAGCUGUAUGAGCGAGCGAAGCAUUCAUAUAUAGAGAGGCGCAGGCUGCCUCCAUGCUUGUGAGAUGAAACUAGGGAGUGGUGGUCGAUGAUGGUGGGGGAGCUUGCGAUGGCCGCUCUGGUGAUCCUGCUAGUCUCGCUCCUGGCUCUGGUGCUGAGCCACUUCCUGCCCUUGCUCCUGAAUCCCAGGGCUCCCAAGGGCAGCUUCGGGUGGCCACUCCUCGGUGAGACCCUCAGGUUCCUCAGCCCUCAUGCUUCCAACACGCUGGGCAGCUUCUUGGAGGAUCACUGCUCCAGGUAUGGGAAGGUGUUCAAGUCCCACCUGUUCUGCACCCCCACGGUGGUGUCCUGCGACCAGGAGCUGAACCACUUCAUCCUGCAGAACGAGGAGCGUCUGUUCCAGUGCAGCUACCCCAGGCCCAUCCAUGGCAUCCUGGGCAAGUCCUCCAUGCUGGUGGUCCUGGGCGAGGACCACAAGCGGCUCAGGAACCUCUCCCUCGCCCUCGUCACCUCCACCAAGCUCAAGCCCAGCUACCUCGGCGACAUCGAGAGGAUCGCGCUGCACGUCGUCGGCGCAUGGCGCGGCAAGAGCACGGUCACCUUCUGCGAAGAGGCGAGAAAGUUUGCAUUCAGCGUGAUAGUGAAGCAGGUGCUGGGGCUGUCACCAGAGGAGCCAGUCACUGCCAGGAUACUGGAGGACUUUCUUGCGUUCAUGAAGGGGCUCAUCUCGUUCCCACUCUACAUCCCAGGGACCCCAUAUGCCAAAGCUGUCCAGGCCAGAGAGAGGAUAUCAAGCACUGUGAAGGGCAUCAUCGAGGAGAGGAGGAGCGCUGGCUCCUUCAAGAAGGGUGAUUUCCUUGACGUGCUCCUGGCAAGCAACGAGCUCUCUGACGAGGAGAAAGUGAGCUUUGUGUUGGACUCCCUGCUAGGAGGAUACGAGACCACCUCGCUCUUGAUCUCCAUGGUUGUGUAUUUCCUUGGGCAAUCAAUUGAAGAUCUGGGCCUGGUGAAGAGGGAGCACGACAGCAUAAGAUCCAGCAAAGGGAAGGAGUGCUUGACUUCUGACGACUACAAGAAGAUGGAAUAUACCCAACAAGUUAUCAACGAGGCGCUGAGAUGCGGCAACAUUGUCAAGUUCGUCCACAGGAAGGCUCUCAAAGAUGUCAGAUACAAAGAGUAUCUGAUUCCAUCCGGUUGGAAGGUCCUACCUGUUUUCAGUGCUGUUCAUUUGAACCCCUCACUUCAUGGAAAUGCCCAGCAAUUUCAACCUUGUAGAUGGGAGGGUGCAAGCCAAGGGCCAAGCAAGAAGUUUACGCCGUUCGGCGGUGGCUCCCGGCUCUGCCCAGGAUCAGAGCUUGCAAAAGUGGAGGCUGCUUUCUUCCUCCAUCAUCUUGUGCUCAAUUAUAGAUGGAGAAUAGAUGGCAAUGACAUUCCGGUGGCAUACCCGUAUGUGGAGUUCCAGAGAGGUCUGUCGAUAAGAAUUGAGCCAAUCUACCCUGAAUCUUGACUGGCCUGAAGUUUCAGUCACGGUGAGCUCAUCAUCAGUUAGAUCCCCCCAAGAGGGGAAGGUGCACGCGGCAUCGAUGGACAGUCAGUGAAAAAUUUCAAGAGGUGAAGGAACACUGAGCACUAGCUAGUAGUUAGCAUGAGGCAGCUGAGACUGUAAUUUGAUGUACAUGCUGUAGAUAUAUUUUGUCCAUGGCGAUUACUCGGGGUGGUCUGUAGUUCACUUCACCCCUGUAACAUUCCCCCUUGUAACAUUCCCCCUGGUUCAACUACUAUUCUAUACGAAAAUUGGGCCCCUGAGGUUCUGA